AUGGCUGUGGAGCACAUGGCUCCUGGGUGGAUAUCUCACGAUCAAGGUGCUGCGCAGCUCCUCAGGUACCUGAAACAACAAGUGAGAGCUCCGACCCUUGCAGAGGCGGGAAGAACCAUGGCCAAGUUCUUCUAUGGCAUCAAGCGUCGUCGUGGUGAAGGGAUGAAUGCCUGGAUUGUUCGACAUGAUGAGGCCCUCCUUGAGGCAGAGAGGACCUUGGCUGAAGCAAUCCAAGAAUACGGACCUGGAAUGCAGCCGGCUCCACCCGUAUGGGAUUCAUCCUGGAAGGCUCAGGGCUCAAAGCAAGGUGGCUCUAGUCGAGCCAGUGCAGGAAGCCGGGCAUCAGAUCGAGAGCAAGACCUUCGAGGUACCGAAGCGGCCGCCUCAGCAACUGCCUCAGGAAAGGUCACGGUAGAGGAGAACCUUGAAGAAGAAUCUCCUGAGUGGGAGAUACGCUCCUGGAAUACCGAGCAGUGGUAUGGAUGGCAGCGUUCUUGGUGGAGCUCGCGUCCUUCCCAGCCAUGGGGCUGGGAGUAUGGAUCCCAGCCAGAAGGAUAUUGGGGAGCGGGAACUUCACACUAUGGAGGUAGUCACGCAUCAUGGGAUGCGUCUACUGCUGCCUCUGCACAGGCAGAUCGCUUCCUGCCAGAUUUUGUGAUCGCAUGGCUGCUUCUUCAAAGAUCCGGCUUGGAUGCAUCUGAAAGGAGUGUGUUGGUGGCAAACCUCAAGAACGACUUCAGUGUACAGAAGGUGAAGGAGGCACUACGGCUUACUUGGCCAGAUGAAAAGCUGACGCGCCGGGACGAGUCAGUGGAGGACCUGCAUCCUGGAAGCUGGGAGGACCCAGAGGACGAGCAAGCAUAUCAAGCUCUGGCUGAGGAUGGCCAAGAGGCGCUUGCGGCAAUCCAUGACACCAAGCGCACCUUGAAGGAUGCCCGUGAGAAGCAGGCCCAGCUGAGGCGCAACCGGCGUUUCUACCCCUCCAAGGGCGGGGGCAAGGGCCGAAGUGGGGAUCGACCGCCCAAAGUGCCCCCUCAACUCAAGCCCCAGAUAGCCUGGGAGUACGCAUUUGGUGAUUUUCAAGCCCUCAAAGUGCCAAAAUGUGUCCCAGCUGCGUUCCCUCCAUUCAAGGCCAAAAUGUGGCUGUCCUGGGAUGUCGUGCGCGUGAACCUUCGUGCGACCCUCCGCCUCCUUGAACGGCAACUUCACCAAGGCGGUCGCCGUGCACUCGUGUCUGGCGUUGCUACUGGUUGCUCCGCCAGCGAUGAUGGCUUUUCCUUCCUGGAUGAUGGUGUUCAACGCCAGGAGGUUCUGCUCAUCGGUCUGGGCCGCUGCCAGUACUUGAGCUUCCUUUGUCUCAUGCCAUGGUGA